GGGCUGCGCUCGCUCCAGCCGCGGCUCUAGAGCAGCGGGCGGCGGGACCCGGGACCCAGCUUGGCGACGGCGGUCGCGACGCGGGCCCCCAGGAUCUCCCGGCGCCCCACCUCUGGAGCAGCCCCUGCCGCCAGCGUCAGGACCACCCCGGAAUCAGAGACCCGCGGCGCCGAACGGACCCGGGCCGGGUGCAACGGGGUCCCUGGACUGGAGAAGACGCGGGUGGCACCGUGCGAGCUCCAGGAGCCCCGGGUCCACUGCGAGGCCUCGGGGGACGCAGACCUGCAGAGACUGCGGCCAACGGGAAGAAAUAAAGGGAUUAUAGUCCACCCAAUUCACAGACUUCUGAGACUCAGACACGAGGAGAGAUAGAGAACCACCAAUCUCUAGAUCAACAAGCAAAGGAGGUGCCCAGCCUGUUUGUCUUCAUUGUGACACUGGAGUCUGGAUGCUGGGAAGUCCAAGAUCAGGGUGCCGGCAUGGUCAGUUCCUGGCGAAGCCUCUCUUCUAGGUUUCAGACUGCCCUCUUUGUUGUGUCCUCGAAUGGCAGAAAAAGGGGUGGCUGUUGGAGGAAGGGAGGAGAGUAAAUGAAGAGAAAGAACUGGAAUAACCUCUUGCAGAAAAAAAAAAAAAAGGGAAGCAAGCUUAGCUGUACACCCUGAGUCUUGCAAAAGCUGCAGCCCCACCCAGGAGCAGGGUGGUGGCUGGGGCGAUGGUGGACGCCCUGAAGAUGUCCCAUGGCUACUGAAGGGGCUGCCCAGUUAGGGAACAGACUGGCGGGCAUGGUGUGUAGCUUAUGGGUGCUGCUCCUGGUGUCUUCAGUUCUGGCUCUGGAAGAGGUAUUGCUGGACACCACUGGAGAGACAUCUGAGAUUGGCUGGCUCACCUACCCACCAGGGGGGUGGGACGAGGUGAGUGUUCUGGACGACCAGCGACGCCUGACUCGGACCUUUGAGGCAUGUCAUGUGGCAGGGGCCCCUCCAGGCACCGGGCAGGACAAUUGGCUGCAGACACACUUUGUGGAGCGGCGCGGGGCCCAGAGGGCGCACAUUCGCCUCCACUUCUCUGUGCGGGCAUGCUCCAGCCUGGGCGUGAGCGGCGGCACCUGCCGGGAGACCUUCACCCUUUACUACCGUCAGGCUGAGGAGCCCGACAGCCCUGACAGCGUUUCCUCCUGGCACCUCAAACGCUGGACCAAGGUGGACACAAUUGCAGCAGACGAGAGCUUUCCCUCCUCCUCCUCCUCCUCUUCUUCCUCUGCAGCGUGGGCUGUGGGACCCCACGGGGCUGGGCAGCGGGCUGGACUGCAACUGAACGUCAAAGAGCGGAGCUUUGGGCCUCUCACCCAACGCGGCUUCUACGUGGCCUUCCAGGACACGGGAGCCUGCCUGGCCCUGGUUGCUGUCAGGCUCUUCUCCUACACCUGCCCCGCCGUGCUCCGAUCCUUUGCCUCCUUUCCAGAGACUCAGGCCAGUGGGGCUGGGGGGGCCUCCCUGGUGGCAGCUGUGGGCACCUGUGUGGCUCAUGCAGAGCCAGAGGAGGAUGGAGUAGGGGGCCAGGCGGGAGGCAGCCCCCCCAGGCUGCACUGCAACGGGGAGGGCAAGUGGAUGGUAGCUGUCGGAGGCUGCCGCUGCCAGCCUGGAUUCCAACCAGCACGAGGAGACAGGGCCUGCCAAGCCUGCCCACGGGGGCUCUAUAAGGCUUCUGCUGGGAAUGCUCCCUGCUCACCAUGCCCUGCCCGCAGCCACGCUCCCAACCAAGCAGCCCCCGUUUGCCCCUGCCUGGAGGGCUUCUACCGGGCCAGUUCCGACCCACCAGAGGCCCCCUGCACUGGUCCUCCAUCGGCUCCCCAGGAGCUUUGGUUUGAGGUGCAAGGCUCAGCACUCAUGCUACACUGGCGCCUGCCUCGGGAGCUGGGGGGUCGAGGAGACCUGCUCUUCAAUGUCGUGUGCAAGGAGUGUGAAGGCCGCCAGGAGCCUGCCAGCGGUGGUGGGGGCACUUGUCGCCGCUGCAGGGAUGAGGUCCACUUCGACCCUCGCCAGAGAGGCCUGACUGAGAGCCGAGUGUUAGUGGGGGGACUCCGGGCACAUGUACCCUACAUCUUAGAGGUGCAGGCUGUCAAUGGGGUGUCUGAGCUCAGCCCUGACCCUCCUCAGGCUGCAGCCAUCAAUGUCAGCACCAGCCAUGAAGUGCCCUCUGCUGUCCCUGUGGUGCACCAGGUGAGCCGGGCAUCCAACAGCAUUACGGUAUCCUGGCCGCAGCCCGACCAGACCAAUGGGAACAUCCUGGACUAUCAGCUCCGCUACUAUGACCAGGCAGAAGACGAAUCCCACUCCGUCACCCUGACCAGCGAGACCAACACUGCCACCGUGACACAGCUGAGCCCUGGCCACAUCUAUGGUUUCCAGGUGCGGGCCCGGACUGCUGCCGGCCACGGCCCCUAUGGGGGCAAAGUCUAUUUCCAGACGCUUCCUCAAGGGGAGCUGUCCUCCCAGCUUCCGGAGAGACUCUCCUUGGUGAUCGGCUCCAUCCUGGGGGCUUUGGCCUUCCUCCUGCUGGCAGCCAUCACCGUGCUGGCGGUUGUCUUCCAGCGGAAGCGGCGUGGGACUGGCUACACAGAGCAGCUGCAGCAAUACAGCAGCCCAGGACUCGGGGUGAAGUAUUACAUCGACCCCUCCACCUACGAGGACCCCUGCCAGGCCAUCCGAGAACUUGCCCGGGAGGUUGAUCCUGCUUAUAUCAAGAUUGAGGAGGUCAUUGGGACAGGCUCUUUUGGAGAAGUGCGCCGGGGCCGCCUGCAGCCGCGGGGACGGAGGGAGCAGACUGUGGCCAUCCAGGCCCUGUGGGCCGGGGGCGCCGAAAGCCUGCAGAUGACCUUCCUGGGCCGGGCCGCGGUGCUGGGUCAGUUCCAGCACCCCAACAUCCUGCGGCUGGAGGGUGUGGUCACCAAGAGCAGACCCCUCAUGGUGCUGACGGAGUUCAUGGAGCUUGGCCCCCUGGACAGCUUCCUCAGGCAACGGGAGGGCCAGUUCAGCAGCCUGCAGCUGGUGGCCAUGCAGCGGGGAGUGGCUGCUGCCAUGCAGUACCUGUCCAGCUUUGCCUUCGUCCAUCGCUCGCUGUCUGCCCACAGCGUGCUGGUGAAUAGCCACUUGGUGUGCAAGGUGGCCCGUCUUGGCCACAGUCCUCAGGGCCCAAGUUGUUUGCUUCGUUGGGCAGCCCCAGAGGUCAUCGCACAUGGAAAGCAUACAACAUCCAGUGAUGUCUGGAGCUUUGGGAUACUCAUGUGGGAAGUGAUGAGUUAUGGAGAACGGCCUUACUGGGACAUGAGUGAGCAGGAGGUACUAAAUGCAAUAGAACAGGAGUUCCGGCUGCCCCCGCCUCCAGGCUGUCCUCCUGGAUUACAUCUACUUAUGUUGGACACUUGGCAGAAGGACCGUGCCCGGCGGCCUUAUUUUGACCAGCUGGUGGCUGCAUUCGACAAGAUGAUCCGCAAGCCAGAUACCCUGCAGGCUGGCGGGGACCCAGGGGAAAGGCCUUCCCAGGCCCUUCUGACCCCUGUGGCCCUGGACUUUCCUUGUCUGGACUCACCCCAGGCCUGGCUUUCAGCCAUUGGACUGGAGUGCUACCAGGACAACUUCUCCAAGUUUGGCCUCUGUACCUUCAGUGAUGUGGCUCAGCUCAGCCUGGAAGACCUGCCUGCCCUGGGCAUCACCCUGGCUGGCCACCAGAAGAAGCUGCUGCACCACAUCCAGCUCCUUCAGCAACACCUGAGGCAGCAGGGCUCAGUGGAAGUCUGAGAAUGACGAUGCCCGUGACUCAGCCCUGGACACUGGUCCGAGAAGGGACGUGUGGGACGUGAGCCGGGCUCCAACAGCCUCUGAGAGAGAUGCCCCACACCAAACCCGACCCUCCCGAUGGCUGCAUUCCCCGGUCCUCCUCCUCUCCACCAGCCCCCUCCUCAUUAAAGGGAAAGAAGGGAAUUUGCAA